AUUAUUCUUCACACACUCAGCAAGUAAAAUAACAGAUUUGAGCACAUUUGCUAUCAAUCUGCCAAUAUUAUUAACAUUUGACUACUUGUCUAUCUUUCUUAAUAAAUCGUUCGUUGAACCACGAUGUUGGUUCGUCAGAAAUUGUUCGUCAUAGAUUUCUUCGUCGGAGCUAGAUAUUAAAAAAGAAUACUGAUUGUGAGUGACAUACAUACAUCAUUUAUGCGCCUACUCUAAGGUUAAAUAGGGAUCAAUGGUAUAUUCAUGUUUCAUAUUAAAUGUCAUUGAUUCUUCAACUGAGAUAACAUUAUGUGCGAAGUGAAAAAGAUCUGAGAGAUUGAAUCGGAGCGCGUGUUAUGAUUGCAACUCCCAGCAUCCCAGAUGGCGUACAGCGUUCAUCUCUGACGAGAUUCGAAGUUUACUAUCUCACGCGGGUAGAUGAAAAAACGAUUAAUGAACUCGUUCGCUGUGUUCUUACAAUACUGUUUGAUAUCUCUGUCAAAUAGUUUUGCCAAAACGCUAUAGCCGGUUUAACUAUUAACUUUGUUAUAUGUACGAUUCUUCCAAUCAUACUAAUUGCUCCGAGUAUGCAAUAGUGCAAUAAGUUAAGAGUUAUUUCUGAAAUUUCAUAAAGCUCAUAACGAGAAUAUUAAGUUCCGAAAUGUCAGCGUCCGAGACGGCAGUAAUCUUCGCCAAGCUGGAAGCUUUGAAAGACAUAAGAUCGAAAACUGUUCAACUGGAAAAACUGAAGCAAAGAAUAAUACAAGAAGUGGAGCAGACUGAACAGGAGGAGAAAUGUUUAUUAGAAUAUAAACAGGAAAUGGAUUUACUGAUGCAGGAAAAAAUGGCACACGUAGAAGAGCUGCGUCAGAUACAUGCGGACAUUAAUGCAAUGGAAUCGGUGAUCAAGCAAGCGGAGGAAGCGCGUAACAGAGCAAGGGAAACUGCAAAACUAAUUCAUAAUAACGAUUAUCAACCAUUGAAGCAUGAUAUUGAUCGUAUGCGCAGAGAAUUUUUGGGUUUGGAAAGGUUACCGGAGUUAUAUGAGACUGAAUCAGAUCUUAUUUCACCUGAACGGUUUGUUCAUAGCUACUUUGAACGACCGAUGCAAAAGGAAUGGAGAGUAGACGUACGGGGUGAUGACUUGUUACCACCUCUUGGACUGCAUCAUCCUGGACAUCCAGGUGGUUCUACGCCUUUCCUAGCACCGCAACCACUUCAAGGACCAAGCAAACCAGAACCUAGACCAUUACCACCAGCCCCGGGGCCUCCAGCUCCAACAUUCAGGUACCACUGGCAACAACCACCGCCUAUGAAGUCUUGCCUUUCAUGCCAUCAACAAAUUCACAGAAAUGCACCAAUUUGUCCACUUUGCAAAGCAAAAUCGCGUUCGCGCAAUCCUAAGAAACCAAAGAAGAAAGAUUAAUUGUAAUUAGAAUUAUUUAUAUACGAAUAUAUAUAUAUAUAUAAUCCGCAUUUCUAUAAUUGGUCUUAAAAAGGUAUAUGUAUUAAUCAUUUUUGUAAUCCAUAGCAACACUAUGCACUCUUAUUAUAUCAUUAGCAUUUAUAAGUGAUAGCACAGCAUCUAUAAGAAUUUGUAUGUUUACAUAAUAUGUCAAUUUUUUGAUAGCAUUUUCUAGGUUUAUAGCUUUUAUUCUUAUUAUUAUAUUAUUAAGAGUAUAUGCAAAAGAAGUGCAAGAAAUAAUUAGUCAAAUCAUUUUUACUACUGCUAUAAAAAAAUAAAAAAAUUUUAAUAUUUCACAAU